AUGUUGGCGACGCGUGGAAUAUUGAGAAAUGCGCAGAAAAUCAGAAUCCCAUUCAAUCGAACAGUUUUCAAUCAAAAUGAGAUGGCAUAUUCGGAAAAAAGAUUGAUUGGAUUUUCGCGCGCGGAAAUGUUCGAUGUUGUCGCCAACGUCACCGAAUAUCAUCAUUUUGUACCCUGGUGUAGAAGUUCUAAUGUUACACAUGAACAUGAUAAUUCACAGGUACUUAUGUUAGGAAGUUUUGAGGGAUUUUUAAAAUAUUGACAAAAAGUUAUCGAAAAUUCUGUAGAUUUCAUGACACACUUGGCGAGAGAGUGAAAUUUUUAUGCAGCGUGAAAAUUUUUUCAGAAUAAAAAUUGUGCAGCGUGAAAUUUUGAAUAUUUUCAUCAAAAUCCGCUGAAAAUCAAUGAACACUUCACUUUUUCGUGAAAAAAAUGUGCAGUGAAAUGAAAAAAAAUUUUGAAAAUUUUUAUUAGCUUCCCGCCCGAAUCGAAAUUUUGGUUUGGGCGGGAAUUUUUAUUUGAAAAUUUUUGUACAGUAUCCUUUUUGGACACGUCUCGUCAGACGUUUCAUGAGCAAAAAACAUUUUAAAUCUGAAAUUUCCGCUUUCAAAUCUAUAUUAAAAUUUUUUCGGCCUAGAUUAGUUUUAUAUUUUUUUUUCAAAAAAAACCACAAUUUUCUAAAUUGCCACGUCAUAGUCCUUUCUUCCGAAUAUUUAUAUUUUUUUGCAGAUUGCAACACUGGAAAUUGGAUUUCCACCGCUUUUAGAAAAGUAUACAAGUCGGGUAAUUUAUAUUAAACCUUCGGUAGUUCAUGUAAGUCUCCCCCUCAUUUUCCCUCAAAAUCCUGAUUUUUGCAGUCAGUCGUGAUCGAAAAUGAUAAUUUAUUCAAAACUCUCGACACAACAUUUCGUUUCGGAAAAGGAAAAGAGGGAAUUGAAAGAUCGUGUACAUUGCACUAUGAUUUGGUUUUCGAAUUCGAAUCUGCUUUUCAUUCUCGAAUUGCGCAUUUAUUUUUUGAUCGAGUUGUUAAAACUAUGGUUUCGGCAUUUUUGGAUCGAGCUGAGAAAAAAUAUGGAAAACCAAGUUUUCCACAUUCAGCGCCGAAGGUUUUGCAAUACAAAAGUUAA